GUGAACAAAUUAAGAAUCGCGGUUUGUUUACAUUUCUUAACUUCCAAACAUGCUGCAUAAUGCCAAUAAAUCUGACUCGAGACGGCGUCUUAAUGCGACUGGAGCGUCUGCCUCGCCUGGCGGAGACUAUAUAAGAGUUGGCGAGGGACCUACAGAAACAGAUGGCUUUGUACAUGAACAGUGGGUAUUGCCAGAUGUGGAGGAAAAAACGCCUUGGAAAACCAUUGCAAUAAUAUUUGUUUUGUUUGUGGGUGGAUCGAUUUGCAUUUUCUGCGCGGCUAUGGACUUGAAGGCUGGCAGCUUUAAAGAUAGUACAGACCGAUUUUGGGCGCUUGUAAUAAUAGGUGGACUAACAAUUAUACCUGGUGGUUACUACUUUUAUAUUCUCGUCUGUAUUGGUCUACGCCGUCCAGGUUACUCGAUGGAUGAUAUACGCCGUCUGGGCUAAAAUAAGUAAACAUACUAAUUUUUUUUUGUGUUUUUAUUUGAACUUUUUGUUAUGUUUCACUAGCAUUUUAUAU